GGCAACGGCUCUUUUGCAAAUCAAACUACCUAUCCAAGUGGUCGUGACCUGAAUUAUGUAGCUGUUGGUGAUUUUGAUAAUGACACACGACUGGAUAUCGUUGUUGGUGGUCCAUCUGAUAACACUUUGAGUAUACUUCAUGGAUAUGGCAAUGGUUCUUUUGCAAAGCGAAUUACGUAUUCAACUCUUGAUGAUCCAUAUUCUGUGGCUGUUGGUGAUUUUAACAACGACACUCGACUAGAUGUCGUUGUUGCUAGUCCAGCGGACAACACUGUAAGUGUAUUGCUUCAUUAUAACAAAGGAUCUUUAGGAAACGAAAUAACAUUUGCAUCUGGUGGUGGUUCUAGUCUACGUUAUGUUGCUGUCGAUGAUUUCAACAAUGAUACGAUCUUAGAUCUUGUCGUCGUUAAUUAUGGUACUAAUGAUAUAGGUGUACUUCUUGCAAAUGGCAAUGGAUCAUUUUUAGAGCAGAAAACGUUUCCAACAGGCUCAAACCCAUAUUCACUCGCCAUAGGUGAUUUCAAUAAGGAUGGCCAACACGAUUUUGCUGUAGCUAAUUAUGGUAGUAAAAAUAUUGAUAUGUUUAUUGGAAAUGGAAAGGGAACAUUUACACGACAAUUAACUGAUAGAUCUAGCUUGAUUUUCGCUCCCGUAAUUGUUACUACUGGUGAUUUCAACAAUGAUGAACAAUCAGAAAUUCUUGUUGCAUAUGAUAAUACUGAUAAUAUAGAUAUAUUUGUUACAUUUGAUACUGGUGCUUUUAGAAACCAACUUACAUAUUCAACUGACUCUGAGCCAUAUUCUGUAGCAGUUGAUGAUUUCAACAAUGACACUCGACUGGAUAUCGUCGUUACUAAUUUUCAUAGCAACACUAUAAGUGUACUUCUCGGAUAUGGUAAUAGUUCUUUUGCAAAUCAUAAUACAUAUUCAACUGGCUCUCAGCCACGGUCUUUAGCUGUUGGUGAUUUUGAUAAUGACACUCGACUGGAUAUCGUCGUUGCUAAUACUAAUAACAAUACUGUAAGUGUACUUCUCGGAUAUGGUAAUGGUUCUUUUGCAAAUCAUAAUACAUAUUCAACUGGCUCUCAGCCAUAUUCCGUAGCUGUUGGUGAUUUUGAUAAUGACACUCGACUCGAUAUCGUCGUUACUAAUUGGGGUGACAACACUGUAAGUGUACUUCUCGGAUAUGGUGAUGGUUCGUUUACAAAUCAUAAUACAUAUUCAACUGGCUCUCAGCCAUGGUCUUUAGCUGUUGGUGAUUUCAACAAUGACACUCGACUGGAUAUCGUCGUUGCUAAUGAGAAUGACAACACUGUAAGUGUACUUCUCGGAUAUGGUAAUGGUUCUUUUGCAAAUCAAACUAAAUAUUUAACUGGUAGUUUUCCAUUUUUUGUAACUGUUGGUGAUUUCAAUAAUGAUACUCGAGUGGAUAUCGUCGUUGCUAAUUGGGGUGACAGCACUGUAAGUAUACUUCUCGGAUAUGGUGAUGGUUCGUUUGCAAAGCAAUCUACAUAUCCAGCUGGCCUUACACCAUCUUCUGUAGCAGUUGGUGAUUUCAACAAUGACACUCGACAGGAUAUCGUUGUUUCCAAUAAUGGUGACAGAACUGUAAGUGUACUUCUCGGAUAUGGCGAUGGUUCGUUUGCAAGUCAAACUACAUAUUCAACUGGCUCUGAGCCAUGGUCUUUAGCUGUUGGUGAUUUAGACAAUGACAAUCGACCGGAUAUCGUCGUCACAAAUUCGGUUGACAACACUGUAAGUAUAUUUCUUGGUUAUUUAAAUAAGGGUUUUCAAUACCAAACGACACUGAUAACUGAUAACGGGUCUGUUCCGCGUUCAUUCGUCGUUGGUGAUUUCAAUAAUGACACUAGACUCGAUAUCGCCGUUGCUAAUUUUGGGGACAACACUGCAAGUGUACUUCUCGGAUAUGGUGAUGGUUCUUUUGCAAAUCAAACUACAUAUUCAGCUGGUUUUUUACCACAAUCUGUAGCUGUAGGUGAUUUCAACAAUGACACUAGACUCGAUAUCGCCGUUGCUAAUUUUGGGGACAACACUGCAAGUGUACUUCUCGGAUAUGGUAAUGGUUCUUUUGCAAAUCAAAAUAUAUAUUCAACUGGCACUUAUCCAACUUCUGUAGCUGUCGGUGAUU